AUGCCGGCCGCGCUGGCCGGGCCCAUUCCCGGGCCCUCUCCCGGGCCCUCACCCGGGCCCUCGCCAAAACGUCACGCCGCCGGCCUCGACCCCUCGCCCUCGCCAAAGCGUGUCGCCGCCGCGCCUUCCGUCCCGUACCACGAGAAGCAGGUCAAGCGGUGGUGCGGGCUGCACUGCCUCAAUGCACUGGAGCAGCGUGCGGCGUUCACCCGUCGGCAGCUCAAGGGCUUUGCCGAUCAGCUUUUCAUCGCGUGCGCGGCGAUCGAUGACGACACCGCCAGUGAAGGCAUCCGCGGCCGCGCAGGGACCGUGCGCGCGCCCGCUUCGCACGCCUUUGGCUCCGCGAGCGACGGCGACGUGGACGUGCAGGUGCUGAUCGUCGCGCUGCAGUCGCUCGACCGCACGGUCGCGCAGCUUGCGGCAGAGCCGCCCCCGUCGCCGGAGGAGACUGCCGACGUGCGCGGGCUGCUCCUGCACGAGGACCGCGGUGGCGACGUGGGCGAGCACUGGUGGGCGCUCCGCCGGCUCGGUGACGACUGGUACGACCUCGACUCGCUCCUCGACGGCGGCGAGGUGGUGGCCCGCGGCGCCGACGCCUUCCGCGCACUGCUCGAGACACACCUCUCCUCGCUCUCGCCCUCUGGAGAGCGGAGGAAGGAGGUCGGGCCGCCCGAGGCCUAA